AACUCGUUUCUCUUUUACCCUCUUGACAGUUCGAAGCCUCUCACAUCUCCUUCAGCCCAAAACACCAAAAAAAAAGUUCUUAUCGAUAACACCCAACCUCAAAAUUGUCCCUCACCCUCCGCCCCUCCAAACAGUUCUCCAGAAUUCAUACCCCAAUACCACCAUGAUUGCCCUCGGCCUCGAAGGCAGCGCCAACAAGCUCGGCGUAGGCAUAAUCUCGCACCCCUCUCCCUCCAAACCCCCCCUCAUCCUCGCCAACCUCCGCCACACCUACAACUCCCCGCCCGGCGAAGGCUUCCUCCCAAAAGACACCGCAAAGCACCACCGAACAUGGGUCGUACGUCUCGUAAAACAAGCCAUGCGCCAAGCCGGCGUGAAAGUCGAAAACAUAAGCUGCAUAUGCUACACCAAGGGGCCCGGAAUGGGCGCGCCGCUACAGAGCGUAGCAAUCGCCGCGCGAACGCUCGCGCUGCUCUGGAAUAAAGAGCUAAUCGGCGUAAACCACUGCAUAGGACACAUCGAAAUGGGCCGCGCAAUCACCCACGCCCCGAACCCCAUCGUGCUCUACGUGUCGGGCGGCAACACCCAAGUCAUCGCCUACUCGCACCGCCGCUACCGCAUCUUCGGCGAAGCCCUCGACCUCGCCGUCGGCAACUGCCUCGACCGCUUCGCGCGCACCCUCAUGAUCCCCAACAACCCCGCCCCGGGCUACAACAUCGAGCAGCUCGCGAAGAAAGGCCGCCACCUCAUCGAACUCCCCUAUGCCGUCAAGGGCAUGGACGCCAGCUUCUCCGGCAUCCUCGCCGCCGCUGACGUGCUGGCGGCGCAGAUAUCCGAAGACUUGGACGAGGGGAAGCGGUUGCGGGCCGAGGAUGGGGAGGUGGUGACGAAGGCGGAUCUGUGCUUUUCGCUGCAGGAGACGGUGUUUGCGAUGUUAGUUGAGAUCACGGAGCGCGCGAUGGCGCAUGUGGGGUCGAGUGAAGUGCUGAUAGUGGGCGGAGUGGGGUGUAAUGAGCGGUUGCAGGAGAUGAUGGCACUGAUGGCGAAAGAUCGGGGCGGGAGCGUGUUUGCGACUGACGAGCGGUUUUGCAUCGAUAAUGGGAUCAUGAUUGCGCAUGCGGGGCUGCUGGCGUAUGAGACGGGGAUAAGGAUGCCGUUGGAGGAGAGCACGUGCACGCAGAGGUAUCGAACGGAUGAGGUGUUUGUUGCUUGGAGAGAUCAGGACACAGCGUGAAACUAGUAUAUAUGGCACUGAAUAUUGUUUGCAUAUAGGAGGCAUAUAAGGCGCACUAGGCAGGUUUGGUUGGCAAGGAGUUUUGCAUUUUCGUCUGCCAGAAAAUCUCGGUCGUUGGUAUUAAAAAUCAACAAGAAAGUAGGUUGAAGUCGAUCAAGGGUCGAAAUAAAAGCAAAUAAAAGCAGCCCUUAGGAAAACUGACUGUUGAGAACAAAAGCCCAGUGCCUACCCCAACGGUAUUGAGAUCAAAGCAAAACCGACAGAAAUCUAUCCCCAUGUCUGUGUCACCUAGCAU